AUGCCGUCGCAAGCCGUCACCUACACCACCGCUGCCGUUGCGGCCGUCGCCACGGGUUUCCUCGCCUACGCCGUCUACUUCGACUACAAGAGGCGCAAUGACCCCGAGUUCAGGAGACAGCUCAGGCGCAGCGCCAGGCGACAGGCUCGCCAGGAGAAGGAAUACGCCGAGUUGGGCCAGCAGGCCCAGAGACAACGGGUCAGGCAAAUGGUUGACGAGGCCAAGGAGGAGGGCUUCCCUACCACUUCGGACGAGAAGGAGGCCUACUUCCUCGAGCAGGUCCAGGCUGGCGAGAUCUUGGGUCAGGAUCCCACCAAGGCCGUCGAUGCCGCCCUCUCUUUCUACAAGGCCCUCAAGGUCUACCCCACGCCCGGCGACCUCAUCAGCAUCUACGACAAGACCGUCGCCAAGCCCAUCCUCGACAUCCUCGCCGAGAUGAUUGCCUACGACCCCAGUCUCAAGAUUGGCACCAACUACACCGGCGGCGUCGACGUUGCCGAGCUCAUGCGCGAGAUGGCCUCCGCCCCUGGUGUCGGCCUCGACUAA